GGAAGCCUGCUUCGUGAAAGAGUUGUGGGCGGGUCCCUUUGGUCUCCUACAAACCAAUACUUGGAGGCCAAGGGGGCUACUCAUCACUGUCAGCCAGGUCCCACAGAUUGCGGAGGCCUGCUUUAAAUGCCAGCCUUAUAGUUGUGGGCGGGCCCCUUUGAUCUCCUAGCAACCAAUAACUGGAGGCCCCGGGGGCUGCGCUGAAGGGCCUGGUCCCAAUGCGCUCCCUUCAGAGGGAUGCCUCCUCUCCGCAGAGAUGCGGGCAGCUCUUUCUGGAAACGAGGAGGGAUGUGACUGGGCCCUGAGGUCAACGCAAGGGCUGCUGGGUCGGAGGCAGUAGAAGCGGCGGGAAAGCUGAGAAGAAAGCAUGGGCCCUCCGCGGUGGGCUUCUUUGCCUUUCCUCCUGCCCCUCCUCUGCUUCUGCGUGGCCUUGAACGAGACGGAGCCGGAGGAAGGCGGCGAAGGCCUCCCGGGAGAGUUCUUCCGUCCCGUAGAGCCGCACCUGGGGCUCUUCGCAGCGGCGUCGUCGGUGCCCUCCUUCCGGGGCCCUGGCAACGCCGACCCCCGAAGCGACGGGGAGCUGCCGGUGCUGCUGUGGUGGAGCGGGAGCCUCUUCCCGCACUUCCCUGGCGACACGCAGCGCAUCGACUGCGCGCGCGGCUCCUGCCUCAGCACUAAGCGGCGGCGGGCGCGAGGCCUGCGCCGGACGCGCGCGCUGCUCUUCUAUGGCACCGACUUCCGGGCCUAUGAGGCGCCGCUGCCCCGCGCGCCGCACCAAACCUGGGCCCUCUUCCACGAAGAAUCGCCCAUGAACAACUACCUGCUCUCGCACGCCGCCGGCCUGGCCCUCUUCAACCACACCGCCACCUUUCGGCGCGAGUCCCACUACCCGCUCACCCUCCAGUGGCUGCCCGACCUCGACUACCUGCGCCGCCCGCCCGCCCUGGGCCUGGAGCAGAAGCAGCGCCUCCGGGAGGCCGGCCUCGCCCCGCUCCUCUACGUCCAAUCCCACUGCCAAGUCCCCUCCGACCGCGACCGCUUCGCCCAGGAGCUCAUGAAGUACAUCCAGGUGGACUCUUAUGGUAAAUGCCUGAACAAUCGGGAGCUUCCCAGUAUGAGGCUGAGAGACACUUCUACAGCCACUACCGAGGACUCUGAAUUCAUGGCUCUUAUCUCUCAGUACAAGUUUCACCUGGCUAUGGAGAAUGCCAUAUGCCAAGAUUACAUGACAGAGAAACUGUGGAGGCCGAUGCACGUUGGAGCUGUCCCGGUCUAUCGAGGCUCACCAUCAGUGCGAGACUGGAUGCCUGAUGACCAUUCCAUCAUUCUCAUUGAUGACUUUGGAAGUCCUAAAGAGCUAGCAGAAUAUAUUGACUUCUUGGAUAGGAAUCCAGAUGAGUACUUGAAAUAUUUAGAGUACAAGAGUCCAGGUGGUAUUAAAAACCAGUUCUUGCUGGAUAGUAUGGCGAAGCGUGAAUGGGGAGUAAAUGACAUGACACUGCCUAAUUAUCUGAAUGGAUUUGAGUGCUUUGUCUGUGACAGGGAAAAUGCCAGACUUGAAGCAGAAAGAAACCAUAAGAGGACUAAAGGGAAACUGCCAGCUCCUGAACCUACGAUAGCUCAGUUCACGCACAUGGGAUGCCCUCCACCUGCACCUGGAUAUGGAAACAUUGAGGACAUUCCUCCUGGAGACAGCUGGAAAGAAAUGUGGUUAGAAGAUUACUGGCAGGGUCUUGAUCAAGGUGAAGCCCUCACAGCUAUGAUUCACCACAAUGAAUCAAAUCAAGACAGAUUUUGGGAUUACAUGCAUAAAAUAUUCAUGAAGCGAACUCAGUAAAACUGACUUUAUACCAGUUAAGUAUUUUCAAAUUAAUCAGAAAAAUGGCAGUAUUCCAAUUUACAAGAAAACAAAAUCAUGAUGAACAAAAUAUACAAAAUCUUACCAGUAUUGCAACUGAAGCUCUUGGACAUCUUGGAUAGAAUCCUUUAUAUAUUGUUCUAAUUUUGAGACUACUUUUUUAGGCUCAAUUUUUUACCAGAUUUUGCUAUUGCAUCAUUUGCUAAUUCUUCAAAUGGUGAAACUCCAUCUUUGGGCCAAAGAAAAACAUUUAGUACUUUGUUGUUUGAACAAUGUUUUAUGAAGUAUUAUUUUUAUAUUUUUAUGAAAUCACUUUAAACAGGACCUAAUGGACAUAGAAGGCCAUUUUAAAUGGUUCUCUUUUUCAUAAGUAUUCAACAUUGAUAUGUCAUAAACAAUAAUAACUGGUGCUAAUGCAAAUGAAAACAUUUCAGUUGAAUAAAAUAUUUUUCUGUCCCUA